AUGAAACUAUCAGCAACAAUAGUCAGUAUUGUACAAAAUUGUUGUAUACCUAAUUUUGCAGCUUAUUUACAGUUCAUUAUCGGCAAAUUAGUCUGGAAAAUUAUUAUUCGUCCAUAUUUGAGUUCAUCUGUUACCUCAUUUGUGGUGCUUUCGCGUAAAAGAAAUUUUCAUUUUAUUAUGUUUGAUUAUUUGUUCAAAUUAAUGUUGAGAAAGAGACGUGACUUUGUGCUCAAACUGAAAGUAUUAAAACAAUAA